CAGGGGGAACCUGUGUCUCCCUGAUAUGGGGGGUCCUGCCCCUGAUAUGGGCGGGGGGUUCUGCUCUUUGCUAGGGAACAGAGGUUGCCCCUGCUCCAUAAUGGGGGCAGGGCUCCCCCAGCAGCAUGUGGGGGGCAUGACCCGAGCUCCUGGGUUGCAUGGGGGGGUCAGAGCCCCUAGCACCAGCCCCCCCUGACCUCGGGGGGGGGUGUGAUCAUGCCCUGCCCAUUGUGCUGGGUGCUUCCUGGGUGCCCCUGCCUUGCCAGCCCAGCCCCCGAGAGGCCGUGGGUGCAGAAGCAGCAGGCCGGGGGGUCCCCGACACUGCCUCGGACACUGCCUUUAUUCACCAGUGACCACAGGGGCUCUGGGGUCCAGGGGUGCUGGUCGUGCAGCGCAGGCCCCAGCCCCCCGCGGUCCUGCACACGGGCGGGGGAGAAGCGGGUGCUGUUUUUUCGGUCGAAGUACCCCCGCGUCCCUCCCCAGCGUGAUGGUUUGAGGCCCGUGUGGCUACACCGGAGUUGCAGGCUUGUUUAUGAAUGCUCGGGUUUGCAGCCAGCGGAGAUGGGAGUCAAAUCCUGGAGGAGCAGAGAAACCCCAAGAGAAAUCAAUCACUUUAAAACGGAAGAUAUUCUCUGCCUAACCGGAAAGCCUGGCCCUGGCCCCUGGGAAUCUACAGCGCCUCUAUUAAGCGCUAACCCUACCCAGUGACUUGUUUUUCGUACAGUCAGAAAUGACCAGUCUAAGCCAUUUUCACUGAAGUACAUUGCAUUAUAGGAUGAUCCCUAGAGACGCAUAGGAGGAGUCGCUGCCAGGCAAUGGCGGUCUUCGAUACCCCGCAGGAGGCCUUUGGGGUCUUGCGGCCGGUCUGCGUGCAGCUCACGAAGGUGCAGACUGUUGAGAACGUGGAGCGCUUGCAAGCCCAGCUGCAGAAGGUCAGUGCCGCGGCCCUCCAGGAACUGCAGGAGUACGUCCUUUUCCCUUUGAGGUUCACCCUGAAGACCCCGGGGCCCAAACGGGAGAGGCUUGUCCAGAGCGUGGUGGAGUGCAUCAGGUCCAUCCUUUCUGAGACAUGCGUGAAGAAGCCGGACCUCCUGCACGAGCUCUUCUCCGAGCUCUGCACGUGCCUCUCUUCCCCUUCUGGCUUGAAGCGACCGCCUGCCCAGUCGGAGGAAGUAAAACUGGCUGUGAUCCAAGCACUCCAAGCGCUGAUGCAUUCGGCUUACGGGGACAUCCUCCUGUCUCUGUACCAGCCUUCCACUCUUCCUCACUUAGGAUUUGCUGUGUCUUUGCUUCUGGCCUUGGCAGAACAGGAGAAGGCAAAGGAAAUUAGGACCUCGGCUUUGAAGUGCCUCCAAGCCCUUCUUCUGCAGUGCGACUGCCAGGAAUAUCACAGACUCUUAGACAAGGAGGAAGCGCAGCGGUGUGGGGAUUUGUUUGCUUCUUUUCUACCCGGGAUCUCCAUCACGCUGUCCCGAGUGAUCACCGGAGACAUCAAACAAAGUCAUAUGAUCACGGUUUCUGCCAUCAAGCUGUUUUAUCAGACCGUGGGCUUCAUCAUGGCUGAUGAGCAGCUCAGGAGAAUUCCGGAGAAAAAAGAGAAGCCGGGAGUGGAGCAAAGCAGAAUAGCAGACCUCAUGGUCCAUAGAGGACCCGACUGGGUACAAAGUACUGCUGAUAAACUCUCCCUGCUUAUCCACAAGAUAGUUGAGUCUUCUUCCAUUCACCAGCACUGGAAGGUGAGGCUGGAGUUGGUGGAGUUGGCCCAUCACCUUAUGCUGAAGAGCAGUCAGUCACUGGUGGCAUCAGUCGGGCAACUUUUGAAAGCCUUGGUGGGCCUCGUUAAUGAUGACAGCCCCAAGGUCCAAAGCAGGAGCAGCGAGGUCCUGCGGAGCAUCGCGGAGCGGAAGGUGAUCACGGAGAACAGGGCUCUGGCUGACGUUCUCUCCGAGAAUCUGCAUUCCCUGGCCACGGCUCUUCCACGGCUGAUGACUUCCCAGGAUGACCGGGGUAAACUCUCCACCUUGAACAUACUGCUUGGCUCCCUGAAGCUGCUAGGCUCCAAGAUGAACAUCGUCCUCAAUUCCACAGCCCACCUCCACCGCCUCUCCAAAGCACUGAUGCAGGUUCUGGAGCUGGAUGUGACCGACGUGAAGAUCGUGGAAGAACGGCGCCAGGGCGAGCUCCCUGCCUCCUUGCAGCAUGGUUUGCAGAAGGGCCAAGCCCAGAAGAAGUAUUUCCGGUUCUUCACCGACGAGCGGAUCUUUCCGCUCCUCCAGCAGGUGUGCCGGGUUCUUGGCUAUUAUGGGAACCUCUAUUUGCUGGUGGAUCACUUCACGGGGCUGUACAGCGAGUCCGUUGCAUUUCGGAAGCAGGCUGCUCUGGUCCUCAAUGAGCUGAUCACAGGAGCUGCUGGACUGGGGGUGGAUGUCCUUCAUGAAAGGGAAGCCGCUCCCAGCGUGGACGACCUCAAAGGGACUAUAACGUCCAUCCUUGAAGAAUACACAAGCCAGGCAAACUGGCAUUUGGUCACCAGCAUGGAGGAGCAGGAGGAACCUAGCGACGAGUUGGCAAUGCCCCCGUCCAGGCUACGAGCCCUGCCAGAGGGUGCACACAGCAGCACUCUUAUCCUGUCCUCUGCUGCCGCUUCGGAGCCAAACCUGACCAUCCGCUCCAUGAACAGCAACAUUUGGCAGAUCUGCAUCCAACUGGAAGGGGUCGGCUGUUUCACGCAUGCCCUGGGGAAGGAGUUUCGGGUGCUGCUCAUGUCAGCCCUCUACCCCGUGCUCGAGAAGGCUGGGGACAGCACUCUGCUCAUUAGCCAGACAGCAACGGGGACCAUGGUGGACAUCUGCCAGGCCUGUGGCUAUGGCUCUGUGCAGCAGCUCAUCAGCGAGAACACGGACUACCUGGUGAAUGGGAUCUCCCUCAGCCUGCGCCGCGUGGCACAUCAGCCACACGCUUCCCGGGUCCUGGAGACCAUGCUCAGGCACUCGGACGCCAGCUUGCUCCCGUUGGUCGAGGACGUGAUCCAAGACGUUCUGUUCACACUUGAUCAGUCCUACGACUCCCGGGCUGCCUCCUUCCUCAGGGUCCUGCACUCAUUAAUGGCAGCGUUAGCCCGGUGGUUCGUGUUGGCCAAGCAAAGUGAGCAGCAACAGGGAGCCCAGACGUCUCCUGGUGCAACAGAGCUUCCAGGAGCCAUUCCCACAGCCGCCGCCACCACCACGGGGCAGGACGUGGAACGGUUCUUCCUGGACUACAUCAAGCAGAAGCAGAUUGCAGAGGGCGACCUGCCAGACCCGGAGGAGGAGGAGGUGUUUCUGCCCCCUGUGGAGGAGCCCCAAGGCAACGACACCGGUGCAGAGGGAGAGGCUCCGUUGCCAGCCCAUGCGCAGGUGGCCAAGGACGUGAUGGAGCGGUGCAUCCACCUGCUGUCUGACAAGAGCCUCCGGGUGCGGCUGAAGGUCCUGGACGUGCUGGAGCUUGGCGUGACGGUGCUGCAUCCUCACAACAACCAUCUGCUUCCCAUGGCUCACCGCGCCUGGCCGGCUCUCGUCACCCGGCUGAUUAACGACGACCCCCUGGCGGUGCUCAGAGCCUUCAAGGUGCUGUGUACCCUGGCUGAGAAAUGUGGUGACUUCCUGAGGCAGCGGUUCUCCAAAGACGUCCUGCCCAAGCUGGCCGGUUCCCUCCGCAGCCAGGCCCCAGUCAGCGCCAGAGCGGGGCCCGUGUACAGCCACACGCUCGCCUUCAAGAUGCAGCUGGCCGUGCUGCAGGGCCUGGGGCCCCUGUGCGAGAAGCUAGACAUGGGCGAGGGCGACCUGAAUCGAGUGGCGGGGGCCUGCCUGGUUUACCUCAGCGCCAGACAGCCCGUGAAAUUGCAGGAGGCGGCCCGGAGCGUUUUCCUCCACCUGAUGCGCGUGGACCCGGAUGCCACCUGGCUCCUGCUGAACGGGGUCUGCUGCCCGCGCCUAUACCCGCCUCCCCACGCCAGCCUCCGGCCCGUGGAGCUCGGCGGGAUGGGCCGGCCCCGGGGCGAGCUCACCGACAACGUGCUGCACCUGCUGGGCGAGCUGGAGCAGCGGGAGCGAGCGAUGCUUUGGCCCAGGGCCCAGAGAGCCCCCGAGCCGCGUGGUCCACCCCCUCCCUGACCGACGCACCGCAGGGAAGGGAGGAGCUGCAGGAGCCCUGGACACUCGCUGGGAGAUUCCUGCCGGCCUGGGGGCGCGCUGGCCGUCCCAGGGGGAGCCGAUGUGGGCGGCCUGGGCCUGGCUGGGCUCGCGCUUCUCCAGUGCUACAGGCUCACGUGUAGGAAAGGCCGUGGCUGACGGGUGCCUAAUGCACUGCUGCUGCCUGGGGCCUGGUGGGAUGUCCCUCCUGCCCUGCCCCAGCCCCAGCCCAGAGAACGGUGCUGCCCUGCGCCCCUGCUCGCAGCAGAUGAGCAGGCCUGUCCCUUUGCCCUCCCCGUGCUGCAAAGGAGCUCCCGUGCCUGGGAUUGUUUCCUCCCCGCACCGACCUUCAGAGCAGCCCAGCUCCCCUGGGCGUCGGGCAGCCCGUGCUUCGUACCGGUGCUUGGCGUUAAAAGAAACGGCACCGCCCUCCCCUCCCCUGCGUGGAGAUAGCGCGUUGCCACCCCAGCCCCGCGUCUCGGCUUUGUUUGCGGGUAUCCGUUGUAGUUGUAGGCUCGGCCUGCGCGGCGGGAUGGAUGCUCAGAGACUGGGCUGGCAACACGGGCGCGGCUGACAACCGCCCUGCCCUGCGUUCAGAAGAUAGAGGCAAGUUCUCCCCCAGCCCCGGGCUGCAUCCUGCGCUCUGCUCCUGGCAGGGGAGAGCAAGAGCUUCAGGGAUGGGAUCUGAGCAGCAAGAGGCAUCCACUCUCCCCUGCUCCGUGUCAUGCUUCCCGGGCCGCCCGUCGCACUGACUCGAGGCCUGCGCUCCCGUGCCCAGCACGGUGCUGCAGGACUUCGGCUCCCAGCACGGGAAGCAGGUGUUUGAAUAAAGCAAGAGACUUGUUGCAUCAGCAAA